UUUGAUAAAUGAUUAGACAUGCUGUAGCAUUCACAUAAACUAAGUUUCCCCUAAAAACUUUUCCACCAAACACUUUUUCUUAUUUAGAGGUUAAAAUAAUAUUGUUGAUGUAUAUAAGUAGAGAGCUCUUGACAAUCAAAAUCCUGCACAAAAUGGCUUCUUCUAAGUUGAUUUACCUUUCAAGUUUUUGCAUUUGGCUUGUGAUGGCUAAUGCACAAGCACCAGCUGCAUCACCAUCUACACCAAUCACGACGCCUCCACCUACUACGACACCUGUUGCAGCAACACCCCCGCCUUCCACUAUGCCUGUUGCACCAUCACAGCCACCAGUAACUUCAGCACCACCUCCAAUAGUACCUCCGCCUAAAGUUGCCCCCGUUUCUGCUCCCGCGACCCCACCACCACAACCUCCACCAAUUCCACCUGUCUCAACUCCAUCACAACCACCAGUAGUACCACCACCUGCCCCAGUUGCUUCUCCACCAGCAGUCCCGCCACCUCAGAUAGCCCCAGCACAAACGCCAUCAUCACCAGCACCUGUAACACCACCAGUGUCUCCACCUAAGGCGCCACCAGUAUCAGCACCGACACCAGUCGCUCCUCCACCUGCUGUAAUAUCACCAGUAGCAGCACCAGAGUUAGCACCCGCACCAGCACCAGCUCAUGGCAAGCACAAAAGAAAGAAGCACAAGCAUAAGCACCAUCACGCGCCAGCACCUGCACCAACUGUGCCAAGCCCGCCAGCACCACCAACUGUCCAAGAUUCUGUGGAUGUGACACCAGCGCCAUCGCCUACUCUGAAUUUGAAUGGAGCAACCUUUUUACUGCAAGGAAGCGCAUCUGGAAUGUGGAUGAAUGCUGGUUUGGCGAUGACUAUUCUUUUGGCCAUCAUAAUCUGAGAUUCCCACAGACAUGACACGAAAAGCUAUAUGUUUCAUUACCAGAAAGAAUUUUUUUGAAUUGAGAUGGGGACUAUUUAUGUGUUUAGAGGAAAAAUAAUGUGCAAUAUGAUUUUCAUUGUUGUCAUUUCAUUGA